CUUGAAUAUUAAUAAAAUAGUUAUCGCAAAGAUAUAAAUGUAUAAAUUAUCAAUGGAGUUGUAACAGUAAAAUCCGUUGUAGAUGUCAGUAUCGGCUGGGCGAAGAAUUGUAACCUCUCUUUUUUGACAGCCAAUCAAAUAAAUAAUUAAACAACACUACAUGCGAUAUUUAUAAUAAAAUAUAUAAGUAUUUGUAACUAAUAAUAGUUGACACCGAUUGUAAAAAGUUUAACAAUAAUCAAUAAAAUACAAAAUAAUAAACUAGAUACUGGAAUAAUAUUAGAUUUAUUUAAAUGUCAAGAGAAAGUUUAUUUAUUUUUAAUUGUCGGCAGUAAGUCAAAAAAAUAUAAUAAUGUUUCAAAAACCUGUAAAAACCUACGGGAAGAAAACCCAGCCAGUAACAUCAUCAUUUGGUCCAGAGUUGAUGAAAUUAUAUACGAAACGCACAUUUGUACCUAUUACUCCAGAUUCGAGUAUUGAUUUUGAUGAAUAUUUAAAUAAAUCAGCUAAUGAUUCAAAUGAUCGGAAUCCAUUUGAAUCAACCUUUGACAGAGUUGUCAAAAGUGCUAAAUUACCAGCAACAGUUGAUCCGAAUCUUCAGCUCGUUGACAGCACUACGGAUUCAAGUGAAGAACCGCUGGAAUUAAUUCCCAUUGAUGGUGAAGUCUCUAGAUCUAAUUCAGAUGAUUUUCGUAAUGAAACGGCAGCGGAAACAGAAGCUACCAAACAUGGGACAGAUAAAAAAACGUCAGAUGUAAAUAAAUCACAACCAACGAUUCAGAGUCUGGUGGAUUCUGAGUCAAUAGAAUCCAUUGGUAUCAAUGAUCAUGAAGCACAAAACUCUAGCAUUGAUUCCGAUGAUAAUUUGCACAAACCGGCUGGUAAUCAAUCGAGUGAUCAAAGUCCACUUGAAUAUUCGAGUGAAAGUACCAAAUUACCCGCAACUUCACCGCAUGAUCUAAAUCCACAGUUUGUUGAUACCACGACAGAUUCAAACGAAGAGUCAUUUGAGUUUAUUCCGAUUGAUAAUCCAGAAGUACAGAUAAAUAUAAACGAUAAGCGUAAAUAUAAGGCUAGUAAUUUAGUUGAUAAUAAGAAAGAAGAUAAAACUGCUAAAAGUUCGCAAGCGAAGACACGUGUGAGGAAACGGCAAAUUAAAAAUAUUGGUAAAGACAGCAGUGACAGCGAUGCCAGUGCCAAGUCAUCCCCGGUACGGAAAACGAGACGUGCGGUCAAUAAAAUUUAUAAUAGAGUUUCCAGAGACAGAGCUGGAUCUCUAGAAGACAAAAAUCAAAUUGUCUGUAAGAAAGUUACGGGUGUGAAUGAGUUGAAAGAUUGUUGUGUUAAGUUGACGCGACUGGAGUUGAAGGAAAAUAGAUUUAAUAAUAACAAUGUUGAUGAAUUUAAUUCUGUGCAUAGUGACGAUUGUCGGGGUGAUGAUGCUAAUGAUGUAGAAGGCGAUGGUGAUGUUGACAGUGAUAUGAAAACGAAGGAAUGCCGGGUAAGAUUAUCGCGGUUGAAUAAUAAUUCAAAAUUAGGUUUGCAAGCGGAUUUAAUGCAGACUUUUUUGAGCAGCACACCUUGCGAUCACAGAGUUGGGUUCAAAAAGUUAAAGCCGACUGUGUCGCCGAUACAGUUACCUGGUAGUGAUAAAAAAAAUUUAACGGUACCGCCGACUAUUUUGUUGAAUGACAGCAACGAGUUAUUUGAAGAUGAGGAUGGACGCAGUCCGGCGAGAAAGAGUUCGAAGAAACUUUCGGAGUCUUCUGAAUCCGUGGUCGAGGACACAUUCAAUGAGCAGAAGAAGCCGGCUGGCAAAGUAAAGCUGAGGCUUGACACCGAGGAAGAGGCGAGUAUUAAAUCAGUUGAUUUAUUUUCUAGUUAUUCUGAUGAGCUAUCGAACAAAUCGGGUGAGAAUGACCCGAGUGUAGUAAACAGUACAGAUGAUAACGUAUUUGAGAGUAAAGAAUUUAAUGAAGACAAUGGAACCACCAGAAGCUCCUCACGGACGUUAAUUGAUCCGACUUUAUCAGUCGGACAGACUUCAGCUGAAGAUCCUGAUGAGGAGUCAGUUGAAAUUAAUCAAAAUAGUGUAAUUGACAGUUCACAGUCGUACGAAAUGGAUCAAAGGAGUUCGAUUGAUGACUCGGUGUUACUUGAAAUCGAUGAGGGAAAUAUGGUUGAUAAUUCACAAUCAUUUGGAAUCAGUCGGAGGAUGUCAAGUGCUGACACCAACUCAGAAGUUGAUCAAAAUAAAAAUUCGCAAUUAAUUCAAAUGGAUAAAAAAAAUUUGACAGCUGACUCAGAAGCAUCAGAAAUUAUUCAAGAUAAAUUUAUUGAAGAUUCAAAAUUAGUUGAAAUGGAUGAGAGAAGUUCAAUAGCUUAUUCAGAGCCAUCAGAAAUUAGUCAAGAUAAAUUUACUGGAAAUUCAAAAUUAUUGGAAAUGGAUCAGAGAAGUUCAAUAGCUUAUUCAGAGCCAUCAGGAAUAAGUCAAGAUAAAUUUAUUGAAGACUCAAAAUCAUUUAAAAUUGAUCAGCCUAGUUCUUUAAUUGAUGAAAAUUUAAUAAAUCAAAGUACGUCAGUUAAUAAUACUAGUUCAGUAAUUAUAAUAAAUGAAAAUUCGUCAUUAAUAGAAAAUAGGAUGUCAAUUACAGAAAACACUGCUGAUAAAAAUGACUUGAAUGAUUCAUCAGAAACAGACGAUGAUUACCAUUUAGUAGUAUCCAAUACAUCUUCCAAUAAAGAAGACGACAAUUCUCCAGAAGUGUCAAGCCAAGAAGAUGAUGAUAAGAAAGAUGAAGAGCAGACUGAGUGCAGUGAAAGUAAAAAUGUCAGUAUUAUAAAACCGUCAGAGCCGAUCGUACUUUUGGAGCGGAUUAAUAGCCUUGGACAUAUCACCAAAAGACGCAGAGAGUACCAGAGUUGGGCGCGGGAUUUAGGUGAUAUUGCGGAAAGCUCUGGGCUAGGGUUGUCUCACGUCGCAGAAGAAACGGAAAAAAUCCCUGAGCAUGUUAACCAAAGAAUAUCUCGAAGGAGAAAUGUCCGAAGUACCAAAACAACAUUACCAGUGAGAAGAAGUUCCCGUAUAAAAAGCGACCCCAGUGAACUGGAUGACCGACCCAAGAAAAGUAGGGUGGGAUUUUUGGAGCCGGUAUCUGAUCCCUUUGAUGAGGAUGACAAGAAUGAUGAUGCCAAAGUCUUGUACUUAAAACCGGGAAAAUCUUGGGCCCGUUCGCUGUCUAUUUUAAAUAACAUACGCAAAGAAGAGGAUCUCGACUCUAUGUCUACCGGAAACAAAGGAAAGAAAUGGAGACAGAGCGUUCGAAAUGUCUUGAGCAUGCAGCGACAGAGUGUUGUACAAAGUUGCGUAAAAGAUCAAGAAAAUGACAAGAGUGAACGGCAAACAUUUAACGACAAAUUGUUGGUAUCGAAACGCAGCAAUGCUCCAAAGGUAUCGAUAGUUAAUAAUAAUGAAGUUGAAUCUGGAGCCGGACGUUUUGUCAGACGUAUGUCAAUACGCGUUGUACCUAAUAGCAAUAAGUACAGUAUAGUAAAUGAUAAAAUUAUCAAAGACUCGUCAUUCCUCAAAGUCUUUGGUAUUUCGACUGAUAAAAAUGACGAAGUCAAAAAAAAAUCACUCGCGGCAAAAGAUUCUCUGGUUUAUCAAUUACGAUGUUCAAGUACACCAGCACUGGACGUCUUACCAGAACCAGUUUCUGCUAGAAAUGUUGUACUUCAACGAUGCGAUCAGACAGACAGUUUACCUUUCGAGGCAUGCUAUCCUGACUCAUAUUUAAAAUACUGCCGCAAAAUAGGAGAAGGAGUUUACGGCGAAGUGUUUCUCUAUGAUGAUAAAAAAGAUAAAUCUGUUAUUAAAAUAAUUCCUAUCGAAGGCAGCGAGCUCGUUAACGGCGAGCCGCAAAAAAAAUACGGGGAAAUUUUGUCUGAAAUAAUAAUUGCUAAAGAACUACACAAUUUAAGAUUUAAUAAAAUAUAUCAAACAAAUGGAUUUGUGGAAGUUAAAAAUAUAAGGUGCAUUGUUGGUAGAUAUCCAUAUAAAUUAUUAGAGUUAUGGGACACUUAUGAUGAGGAAAAAAAUUCGGAAAAUGAUUCCCCGAGUAUGUUUACCGAUGACCAGAUUUAUAUUGCACUAGAACUUGGUAACGGUGGUCAAGAUAUGGAAGCUUUCGUGUUCAAUAAUUCUGCUGAAGCCUACAUAACAUUCUUACAGGCGGCAUUGGCACUUGCGGUAGCGGAAAAGUCACUAGACUUUGAACAUCGUGACAUGCAUUGGGGAAAUAUUUUAAUUUCACGUACGAAUGAAAAACAAGUGUCUUGUCGACUCGGUAAUGAAGAAAUAAGUUUACAAUGUAAUGGUAUAAAAACAACAAUUAUCGAUUUCACGUUGUCAAGAAUGUCGUAUCAAGGAUGCUGUAUGUUCAAUGAUUUGUCUCUCGACCCGGCGUUAUUUACCGCUGUCGGUGAAUAUCAGUUUGAUAUUUACAGAUUGAUGAAAGAAAAAACAGAAAACAACUGGCAGUCAUUUGUACCUUACACAAACAUCCUCUGGCUACAUUACACUCUCGAUAAAAUGGUAACCGCUGUAAGGUAUAAGAAUGUAACAUCAAAAAUUCACAAACAGUCAAUCCAAAAACUCGAGGAAUUAAAAAGUUCAAUACUCGAGUACGAAAGUGCCUUUGAUUUUAUAUCUAAUUGUGAUAAGUUGACAAGUCUCAGACGCUCUAUUUGUUAAUUUAUCUC